CCGGCCGCUAUAUUCUCAGAGUUCGAGUGACGACUUUUUUCAGAGCCCUAGGGACUUUUAAACAAAACUUCUGUUUUAUUGUGAAACCGCUGAUGUCCGUGAAGAGACCAGUGUUUGUUGUCUAUGAAUAAGGCGAUUAUAUAUAGUCUGCAACAACGAUAUAAAAUCACUCACCCUUUAAUGCUUUACAUUCACUAGCUAGGUUCAAUGGAAAAUUUCGUUCUUCCAUACCUAAAUACCGGCGCUACAGCUGGGCUCUCACUUGCCAUACUUGUGUUUUCCUACUUUAUCCUAACUAAGAGGUCCCGAGCCAAUAGGAGUCCCAAACCCCCUCAAGUCUCAGGUGGAUGGCCUCUGUUAGGCCAUCUCCACCUCCUUGCAGGAUCCAAGCAGCUUCCCCAUAUAACCUUGGGAGCCUUGACUGACAAGUAUGGACCAAUCUUCACCAUCAAUAUUGGCAUCCACUCCACUCUUGUGUUAAAUACUUGGGAAGCGGCCAAGGAAUGUUUCACCACCAACGACUCGGUUGUUUCCUCCCGUCCCGCUACGAUAGCUGCCAAACACUUGAGCUACAACUAUGCCAUGUUCGGGUUUGGCCCCUACGGUCCAUACUGGCGUGAAAUACGCAAGUUGACAUCCCUAGAGCUACUCUCAAACAGCAGGCUCGAGCUACUCAAACAUGUUCGAAUAUCCGAAGUAGAGAUGAGUUUGAAACAGUUAUACAAGCUAUGGAGCCAAAGAAAAGAUACAAUCAGCACCAGCACGGGCCAAGUUUCGGUGGAGAUGAAGCAGUGGUUUGGGGAUUUGACACUAAACGUGGUUUUAAGGAUGAUUGCAGGAAAGCGAUACUUCAAUGUCGCUGAUGGUAAUUUGAGCGACGAAAAAGAGGCACGACGGUGCCAAAAGGCCAUGAGGGGGUUCUUCCAUUUGGUGGGAGCUUUUGUGUUGGGUGAUGCAGUUCCAUGGCUCAAGUGGUGGGAUUUAGGUGGGCAGCAGAAGGCUAUGAAAGACACUGCAAAGGAACUCGAUCUUAUAGCAAUGGAGUGGUUGGAGGAGCACAAGCAUAGAAGAACAACCUUGGGGAAGGCUAAAAGCGACCAAGAUUUCAUGGAUGUGAUGCUUUCCGUCCUUGAUGGAUCGCGAGUUUCAGGGUUUGAUGCUGAUACCGUCAUUAAAGCAACAUGUUUGGCUUUGUUAUCUGGAGGCUCUGACACAACAACGGUGACCCUAACGUGGGCACUCUCACUGCUGUUAAACAACCCCCUAGCACUGAAGAAGGUCCAUGAAGAACUAGACCAUCAAGUUGGCAGAGAAAGAUUAGUGAACGAAUCAGAUAUAAACAACCUGGAGUAUCUACAAGCCACUGUUAAAGAAGUAAUGCGCUUAUGCCCAGCUGGACCACUCUCUGGUCAGAGGGAAGUCACUGAGGACUGCACUGUUGGAGGGUACCAUAUCCCAAGAGGCACUUGGUUGAUGGUCAACCUGUGGAAGGUCCAGACUGACCCGCGGGUUUGGGCCGACCCGAUGGAGUUCAAGCCAGAGAGAUUUCUCACCACCCAUAAGGGUACUGAUGUCAAGGGUCAGCAUUUUGUGCUGAUGCCAUUUGGGAGUGGUCGAAGAGCUUGCCCUGGAAUUACUUUUGGACUUCAAAUGACCCUUUUGUCCCUGGCUGGUUUUCUUCAAGGUUUUGAGGUCUCAACUCCAGGGAACGAACCAGUUGACAUGACUGGAAGCGUCGGACUUACAAACAUGAAAUCCACCCCACUUCGAGUUCUCGUCAAACCACGCUUGUCCCCAAAUCUGUAUCAAUCAGAAUAAGAUUAGAGUGUGGCUAUUCCCACCAUUCUAUUUGAAUUAUUGAAAUAUUAUAUUACUCAAGUGCAAAAUGAUUAAUUAGUACA